AUGGAAGCCUUGUUGUGGUAUUUAUUCGAGAGCAGCAACAUGUUAAAAUUAAAGACAUUGAAAAUGAUUUUUUUUUCACAUAUACAUAACACACAUGCGGCACAAAUCCACCCAAGGCACACCAUGAAAAGUCUAUUAUCGAUCCUGUCCCAUGUAGUCCACGGAUAUGUGGGAAACAGGGCAAUAACUUUUCCUCUACAGUAUAUGGGAUGGGAUGUUGAUGCAAUAAAUACCACCAAUUAUUCGAAUCACCCUGGGUAUGGUAGUUUACAAGGUUCAGCAUCAGCCCCAGAUGCAAUUAGGGACGUAUUGCAAGGAUUACACCAUGUUUUGGAUUUGAACUCGUACGACUUGAUUUUAACUGGGUAUACUCCUAAUGCUGGUGUACUCCUGGUGGUUAAAGAUGAAGUUGUGCAGGUGUUGCAGAAACAAGACGGUAAAAUUCCCCAUUGGAUUGUGGAUCCGGUAUUAGGGGACAACGGGAGAUUAUAUGUUCUGGAGAAAGUUAUUCCUGUUUACAAAGAGAUUCUUUCUACCGGUUUGGUAUCGUUAAUCACUCCCAACCAAUUUGAAUUUGAGACUCUAAGUGAGGCAAAAAUUAUCGAUUGGCAAACAUGUGAAGUGGCUGUAAAGGCUUUCGCAGAAAAUUACAAGGUUGGCAGCAUUGUGAUAUCUUCUGUGGAAAUAGAUAAUCAAUUGCAUUGUGUGGGUUACACGGAUGGAAACAUUUUCAGCAAACCAAUACACAAGAUUGAUUGCGACUUUAAUGGAUGUGGAGAUUUGUUUACAGGAUUGGUAGCAAAUUCAUAUUACGAUAAUGGCUAUAACAUCACGCCCGAGUCUAUCGCUUCUGUUUUGCUGACAUUACACAACAUUCUUCAAUUUAGUUUUGAUUUUGAACUUCAAAAACAGGGACAGGCUCCCAAAGUGGUGAAGGAUAUUAAAAUUGUUGCAGCAAAGGAGUAUUUAUAG